ACUGGGGCCUGCGCCUCCAAGGCACCUCCGCUCGGGCCCGCCGCCCCCUGCCCGGGCCGAAGGUCGCGGGCGCCGCCACUGCUGGUCCGCGUCCCGUCUCCGCUUCUUCGCGCGGCCAGCUCGCGGAACCCUCGGCGUUGCCGGCCGCCCCUUUCCCUCCCUUUUGUUGGCUCCCUCUGCCCCUGCCCCGGGUUCGGCGCCUUGGUGAAGAAAUUCUUGGGGCACGAAAAGCAACAGAACCACAGCAUUGCUAACAGCAAGCUAGUGGAUACAAGCGCAGACCAAGCGGUUUCCAAACUUGGCUUAGAGUCACCUGGAAAUCUUGAACAAUCCCGAUCCCAGGUGUAGCCCAUGCCAAGGUAAUCAGACUGGGGCCGGAGUUUUCAGGAUUCCCCAGGGUGAUUCCAGUGUGCCGGGACUUUUGGGAACCAUCAGCACAGAUCCUAGCGCCAGACUGCCAGGACUCUCAUCUCCACCACUAAGCAAAUGUGCUUUUGCAAGUUACUUGAAUUGUCUUGCCUCGGUUUCCACAACUGUACAGAGGUGAUAAAGAUGGUACUAAUGGGGUUGUGAAGAUUAAGAAUGAACGUGUAAAACACAACAUGUAGAACGGCUGAAGACUUUAAGUGACAAGUCAAGAGAAGCUAAAGUAAAAAGCAAACCAAGGAGUGUUCCAUGUUUGCCAAAGUACUCUGCUGGUCUAGAAUUACUCAGCAGAACCCAUCAGGAAAGUGAAACCACAAUCCACAGAAUGGAAGAAAAUAUUUGCAAAUCAUUUAUCUGCUGAGGGACUUGAAUCAAGAGUAGAUAAAGAACUGUUGUAACUUAGCGAUAAAAAGCCCAAUGAAGAAUAGGUAAAGAAUUCGAACAAAUAUUUCUCUAAAGAAGAUACAAAGAGCCAACAGUCAAAUACAAAGAUGCUCAGCACCAUGUGUGGCCGCUGAUCAAGACCACGGUAUGAAGAUACAUGGGCUGCACUUCACAGAAGAGCCAAGGAAUGUGCAAGUGCUGGAGAGCUGGUGGACAGCGAGGUGGUUAUGCUGUCAGCGCACUGGGAGAAGAAGAGGACGAGCCUGGUCGAGUUACAGGAGCAGCUCCAGCAGCUUCCUGGCUUAUUAGCAGAUUUAGAAUCCAUGACAGCAAAUCUGACUCAUUUAGAGGCAAGCUUUGAGGAAGUCGAAAACCACCUGCUGAAUCUGGAGGAUUUAUGUGGACAGUGUGAAUUAGAAAGAUACAAGCAUAUGCAGUCCCAACAAUUGGAAAAUUACAAGAAAAAUAAGAGGAAGGAACUCGAAACCUUCAAAGCUGAACUCGAUGCCGAGCACGCCCAGAAGGUUCUGGAAAUGGAGCACACUCAGCAAGCGAAGCUGAAGGAGCGGCAGAAGUUUUUCGAGGAGGCCUUCCAGCAGGACAUGGAGCAGUACCUCUCCACAGGUUACCUGCAGAUAGCGGAGAGGAGAGAGCCCAUGGGCAGCAUGUCGUCCAUGGAGGUGAACAUCGACAUGCUGGAGCAGAUGGACCUCAUGGACAUCUCUGACCAGGAGGCCCUGGACGUCUUCUUGAAUUCCGGUGGCGAAGACAAUCCUGCACUGUCUCCGGUCUCAGGGCCCGAGUUGGGGAUCGGGCAGCACGGAAUCACGCUCCAGGUUCCAGAUCCCACCGAAUCCCAAGCCGAGCGGCCUUCCUCGCCGUCCGUCUGCACCAAGCUGGCUGCCGCGGCCCCCGGUAACGGUGGCGAGUCCCCCAUUGUCCAGUCUGACGAGGAGGGAGUCGAGGUGGACACUGCCCUUGCCACUUUACACACAGACGAUAGUGACUCCUAAGUCUGUGCUCGCCCCGCGUGUCCAGGGAUCUGCACCGCGAAGGCAGGUGGUUUCGUGGAGGUUCUCGGUUUGUACACAGUUGCCAGUAAUGUGUGAGAAAACUGACUGUAAGAGCCGCUGACAAUAAAGUGUGUACAGAAGGGCUUCUAACUA